AUGCGUGGUGUGGAGCUGGCUGCGAAGGUUCCUGGCGCCGCCGUCCCGCGCUGUCGCCGGUAUUGGAACCAGCCGUAUCCGGAGUUUCGCUGUUGCCGAGGUGUCCCUGAUGCCAAGAUCCGCGUCUUUGACCUGCAUCGGAAAACAGCAGUGGAUGAGUUCCCUCUCUGUGGCCACACGGUGUCUGAUGAGUCUGAGCGGUGCUCUUCCGAAGCCCUGGAACACAUGGUGAGAAGUUGGGGCAAAGAUGGCUUUCACGUGGCGGUGCAGCUCCAUCUCCAUGUCAUCCGCAUCGACAGGAGGCUGUCCUGUGCUGGGCUUCAGACAGGCCUGCGAGGGGCCUCUGGAAAGCCUCAGGGUAGGGCCGUUGGUCAAGUCAUCAUGCCCAUCCGCACCCAGGCUCAGAACAAGGAACGUGGGCUGGUGCUUCCCAGGGCCAGGUUCAAGUUCCCUGGCCACCAGGAGAGUAUCUCCAAGAAGUGGGGCAUGUAG